UCUCUGUGUCGGCUGGCUUGACCGCAGUCUGUCAGUUGCCACAGCAGAUCCCGUCCUGAGAGAAACAGUUAGGCCUGAGUCAACUGAAUAAACCACAAACAGCUUCAGUUGCUCUGAGACAGUGUAGCGGCAGUGACAAACACAACAGUCGCAGCUGCCUCCAUCAGUGUGGCAACCGUGGCAGAUGCCAAACAGUGGAGCGACAACGGCCGCUUCCUUCCAACAGCGUGGCACCUACCAGAGGCGGCUGACUUUACAUAUCAGUGUCAGUUUGUGUUGACACAGGAAGCGUCUCUACGGGUUACCGUGGCCAUCAUUUGAGUUUGCCCUAACUGACAAUUCGUCGACAUGAACUCGUACCGCGUCCAGGAGCUGGUGGGUGAAGGCUCGUUUGGUCGAGUUUACAAAGGGAGGAAUACAUGCACGGGUCAGGUGGUGGCCCUGAAGUUCAUCCCGAAGGUGGGUCGAUCCGAGAAGGAGCUGCGGAGCCUGAGGAGAGAGAUCGAGAUCAUGGCAGAUCUUCAGCACCCACACAUCGUCCAGUUCUUCGACAGCUUCGACACGGAAACUGACGUUGUGGUUGUGACUGAGUAUGCAGAGGGGCAGUUGUUCCAGAUUCUUCAGGAUGAGCGGAACUUCCCGGAGAGCCAGGUGCGUGAGAUCGCCUGCCAGCUGGUCUCAGCCCUGUAUUAUUUACACUCCCAUCGCAUUCUUCACCGUGACAUGAAACCACAAAACAUACUCUUGGGGAGAGGUGGGGUGGUGAAACUCUGUGACUUUGGGUUUGCCAGGUCGAUGAGCACCUCCACCUUGGUGCUAACUUCUAUCAAGGGAACCCCACUGUACAUGUCUCCUGAGCUGGUGGAUGAGAAGCCAUAUGACCACACGUCUGACCUCUGGUCUUUGGGCUGCAUUCUCUACGAGCUCCACACAGGCACACCACCGUUCUACAGCAAUUCCCUCUUCCACCUGGUGCAGCUUAUCGUGAGAGAGCAAGUCAAAUGGCCAGACACGAUGAGCGGGCCCUGCACGAGUUUUCUGAAAGGUUUGUUGACCAAAGACCCUGAGAAGCGGUUGUCAUGGCCAGAUCUCCUGCACCAUCCCUUUGUUGCUGACUGUGUUCUAGUGUUGGCAGAAACAAACGUUAUCAGCCCUCUGACCAUCCCACCCAGCCCUGACAUGAUGGCACUUAAACUUCAGCAAGUGGCAGCGAAGACUGUACGGACCCCUGGACGUAGUAGAUUACUGCGAAAUGACUCGGAGCAGAGGGACAACAGUGGCCGAGAGAAACCAGUAGAUUGUGGUAAAGCUAAAGUUACAAAGCAUGGAGUGGGAAAUAUAAGGGUCGACCCGGCAAAAGCGACAAAGCUCCGCAGAGCCACGCCCCUCCCCAGUGAUGGUUCUGUAACCUCAGGUGAUUCUGUCAGAGCUAAAUCCGGAGCUGCCAAUCAAGUCCUCAACCCAAAGACUCAUGCCUGUGUGAGAUCAAAACCCAGGGGUCAGAUCAGCAUAGACUACGAAAAGGAAUUUCUGUCUGUGAAGGUCGGCCCACAACUGCUGAGUAGACGCAAUGUCAACAAACAGACCAGUCAUAACCAGCAGAAUGCGGACAGUGUGGAGUACUGGGAAAAACUGGCCCAAGAAUCUGAGCAGAGCAAGCAGCAGAGAGAGCAGUUUAACUACAAACCCAUUAUACCUCAACUUAGAGCCAAGAUUCUGUUUUUUAAAAUUCAGUUAACAGGUGGCGCUGUUGAAGACGCAUGGCAGAUUCACCAUCCGCUGAAGGUCUUGCGCAACCUGCUACAGACCCCUGACCUUAAGGAGUCCAACUACAUUGGCCAGGAACUGGGACUACCCCAUGUCCUCUUGGACGUUGUCCACGUUACUGUAGAAAACCCCGACUACAUCCCGCGACCGUGGAGUGUGUCAGCACUUGGAGAAAUGAUUGCAGUCAUCAUGAUCUACUGGGAUAAACACCCCGACUCGAUAGAAGAAGAUCACAGACUGGAAGAGUUCACCAAGCCCUUUCUCGCAAUUCUUAGUCAACCACACUUCUUCCCUUUGUCACCUUUGGCUGCGUCUGUUUUGUGUCUGUUUACACAACAUAACGUCGAUGUCAAAGCUGAUGUGAACAGUCUAACCUCCCUGCUACAAAACCUGCUUUCGGACUCAUAUGAGUGCUUCCCUCUCCUCGUGUCUCGUCAGCCGCUGCUUCCUCUUCCCUCUGGCUGGGGCCUUUGUGAUGGUCUGCUGUCUCUACUCCUACACACACUCUCUGAGCAUGAAAAUGGCUCUGGAUCUUCAAGUUUAGAUCCAGUUGUGUUUCUGGAUUUGUGGAAAAAAAUUGGAACUUCACUAGCACAGACAACAGCAGUCACAGACUUCUGUUCGGCAAAUGGGCUGUUUUCCUUUCUGUCUACUGCUUUCUUCCUCUUCACCGGGGAUCCACACUCGUGCAUCCCUCUGUUUUCUGAGAGGGGAUCGAGAUGCGUAUACACUCUAGGUCGGAUGCUGGGCACUGACUGUCUUCAUUUGUUUGCUGAAGAUUGCAGUCCCAGGAGAUUGGAUCUGAGUCGCCACAGCAUGACCACAUUGAGCUGCCACUUGCUGUGUUUUCCAUUUGCCCUGGACCUGCCUUCACACACUAUGUCCAACAUACUCCAGCUGUAUGACAGUUGUGGUAUUGUCGAAAGCCUGACGCAGGUUAUUCAAACUCUUCCUCCUCUGCUGUUGGAGCUGCCUCUCUCCCUGCUGAGCCGUUUGCUCCUGUGUGACCCAGAGCGCUCUGUCCCCCGCCUCAGUAAAGCCGCCUGUGGUCUGUUCUCACCACCCAGGGACCGACAGCUCACUGCCUCCAAACACCAGACUCUGUUAACCCGAACUGCCAGUUCUCUGCUCUUUGACUUGCUGCAGCAGGAUGAGCUGUGGGACUCUGCAGUGGAGCUCUUAACUCUUCUGUCCCAAGUAGCCCGUUGUUCGGCUCGGCCUGCCAGCCUUCAGCUUCACCUGGACGCCUCGGUGCUGCACCAGGCGCUGGCUCACCCUCAUGAUGGCGUCAGGGCCACCACGUGCAUACUCUUGGGCAAUCUGGAUCCGUUCAGGCCUAAUACCCUGCCGCCUGACAUUUUCCAAAGCAUGAUUGGCUGUCUUGAUGAUUCCUGCUUGUCUGUGCAGCGAACAGCUUGUAGGACAGUGGGCAACUGGAUGGGAUGUAUUGCAGCAAGGCCAGGGUUUAAAAUGGACAUGGACAACAAGGUGGGGCGACGAGAAGAAACAAAGCAGAAACAAAUAUUCAGACAGUGAGCCAGCAGGAGAUCUGGAAACGGACGAUAAGGAGGGGGGAGGUCGGGCGUCAGUGUAUCAUCACUGACACUGAUUCCCUCACACGGCUCCACUGUUGCGUGGCCCUGGGAAACCUGCUAAAUGUUGACGGCGCUGUGUCCUUGUUAAAGAAAGACGUGUCCAGUUUACAUCUGAGAGCUUCAUGCACGGAUUCCCAUAAUGCAGUGACAUGAGCUGCCAUAGCAACCCUGUGCCUUUACAGCGAGCAGAACACAAUCCGUCAGGUCCUGCUGUCCCUCGAUGCCGGUGAGAAACACCUAUCAGCAGUUCAUUGGACAGCUGUGAUUCAAUCCGCUUCAUGAAUGAUGGCAGGGUGGUAAAAAAACACCCUCACUUCUUACUUUACAGCAGCCCGUGACUUCCUCCUGUCUCAGAAUGAUGUGGAUGAGGAUAACAGACAAAAAUUUGUUAUGUUUUGUCAUUUUUCUUUAGUGUCUUAUUUUAUUUAAAAAAUAUAUAUAGUUUCGAGUUUAAAUGAUGCGAAUAAAAACUAAACUUGU